UAACGAUGUGUUCAUAUUUUAAUUUCUAGACUUCAGAGAAGAAUAUUGUUAAACGCAGACUGAUCUUUAACAAAAAAAACUGCACCAGAAUCGCUUUUGAAAUUCUGUAUCCUGAUUUAUUGCUGGCAAGUUAUCACAGAUACUGUGUGGACAUAUCGUACUCUUUUAACAUUCAGCUGUUAUUUUAGUGGCAGUGUCAGACACGAAGAUAUAUCAGGAAACGACCUGUUUUCAAUAAAUAGCGGCCUUCGACUAGGUGUAGCUGACAUAUGGAUGCAUCGGCUUCGUGUGUUUGGGGCGAGGGUGCAUGUCGGGGCAGAGGACGAGCUCCGAAGAUUGGGGACAUCCCAAGACAUGCCGCUGUGGAGGAAGACCUGAUUUCCGGUCCCAGGGGAUCAAGUCAUCAUGCUUCUACAAUCUCUGGGACCAGCAGCAGAAACAGAAGCAAAGAGCAAGAGAACACCGGCGAGCAGGACUACGACACAAUCACCACGGCCCUCAGCAAACCGUCCAGCAGCAACCAUGUCCCCCAUCUGCACACCGCCAUGACCAAUACGUCACGACCCCCUCCGACCAGUAAAACCACUUUUCUGUCGUCGUCACCGUCGUCCUCAGGCAGAAUGGUAACACACGAGAUAUUGCUGAAGAACACCCCGUCCUCUACUGUCUCACCGUUGAGGCAAGACGUGGUUGGUGGUAACAGUUCUGUCGCGUCUUCCCGAUUAGAGCAUCCCAAACUUCACCAUGCCACCGGGCCAGUGCCUUCUUCCAUCAGCUCGUCAAAGCUAUCUGCAGUUGUCACCAGCAGUGUCUCUUCGGUCACUGCACAGCCUCCUAAACAUAAAGCCAGUGCCUCGAAUCCUGCAUAUGCCAUGUCUUUCCCAGCGCCUUCCAGUCCUACACCUGUCACUCAGUCGCAGAAUUAUUCAGCUUCUUCCAAAAAACAGACUCAGACUCUCUCUAACAAAAAGAAUGUAUCAACACUUGCCAGAAGGCAGGAGCGGAGUGUGUCAUCUCCUUCAAGUAAGCACGCACAAAUUGGGUCAACACCUCCCAAUAAACAAUUGCAAGGUGGGCCAGCUGCUUCCAAUAAAUCAUCGCAGAAUGGAUCGACAUCUUCCAGUAAACAAGUGCAAAGUUGGUCAGCUCCAUCCAGCAGGAAAUCAUCGCAAAGUGGGUCAACUUCUUCCAGUAAACAUGUACUUAGUGGGCCAACUCCUUCUGUUAAACGGACUCAGACGCCUUCCACAAAACAGACACAGAACGUAACAGCGCCUUCCCAAACAUUAGUGCAAAGCAUAUCAGCCCCUUCUCGUGCACAGGUACAAAACGGGGCGACGUCUUCAAGAAGGUUAGUAAGACGUGGCUCAGAAACGUCCAGUAAACAGUUGAAGAGUGACUCAAGAACUUCUAAUACAGCGAUACGAUGUGGUCCAAAGGUUUCAAGAAAGGAGACACCAGCUGGUACAACGCUAUCCAUGACACACCCGCAAGGUAAUUCAUCAUUAUGCAGCAAAGAAGUGCAAAGUAGUAGUUCAGUAUCUUUAGAUGAAUUUCCAAGUGAUUCAGCAUCUUCCAGUGCAGAGAGGCAAGGUAAUUUAACGUCUUCUAGUAGAGAAACGACAGAGGUUUUGACGUCUGCGGUAAAUAAGGAAAUGCAGGAAGAAUUUGUACCUCUUGAUAGAGAAGUGCGGAUUAGUUCAGAACGUGUCGCACAAGCGCAAGCUGACUCACUGUCACCGCAAGGCGAAGUGGCACAGAUCUCCAGUGCCAGGUCGCAAACAAGUGUAGCCACAGUUGCGAACAAAACUUUAUCAGACAGUGCUUCCUCCGUAGUUUCUGGGAAAACAGUUGGCGCAGAACUUUCGCGGACCUUGUCAGAAUCAGUAAUACCGCCUGUGAUCAUCCAAGGAGAGGCGUCCAGGUCUUCAGAAGGCCCACCUGAUAGGACUUCUGCUGUAAACCAUGUACAGCAAAAGCUCUUGAUGCAGUCUAGGAGUUUAGGAGUUGACCCUUGCAGACCGAUCUAUCCCAAUUAUCCCUUCUCGCCGUACGGAUCCCCAAGUUCGUCGCCCAGAUCACUGAGGAAGAGGUCUCCCUUGAAAGAGAGCCGACGAGUCAGCAUAGACAAGUCCGGAGAGUACAUACAGCUGAACCAGUAUAGGCUGAUGGACUCCAUAGGCCAGGGAUCGUACGGCAUCGUGAAACUCGCGUACAAUGAAGAGGAUGACACGCACUACGCUAUGAAGAUCCUGUCUAAGAAGAAGCUGCUGAAGAAAGCUGGUAUUUUUGGCCGAGCUGCACCUAACAGGAACAAAUCACCAGUGAAUCCGCUCGAUCGGGUAUACCGCGAGAUCGCAAUCCUCAAGAAGUUGCACCACCCCAAUAUUGUGAAACUGUUUGAAGUACUGGAUGACCCUGUGGAAGACCACCUCUAUCUGGUGUUUGACCUUCUUGAACGUGGGGAGGUGCUGGAGGUGCCAACAGAUACACCCCUCAGUGAGGAACAAGCUUGGAAGUACUUCCGUGAUGUUGUCAUGGGAAUUGAGUACCUGCACUACCAGCGUAUCAUCCACCGGGACAUCAAGCCAUCAAACCUUCUGCUGAGUGAGGAUGGACAUGUCCAGAUUGCAGACUUUGGUGUCUGUAACGAGUUCCAUGGCAAUGAUGCAGCCUUAAGUAGUACUGCUGGCACACCUGCUUUCAUAGCCCCUGAGGCCCUAACUAACAGCAAGUACAGUGGCAAGGCAUCAGAUAUCUGGUCAAUGGGUGUGACGCUGUAUGCCUUCGUCUAUGGGCAGAUCCCAUUCCAUGAUGAUAAUGUGUUGGCCCUGUACAACAAAAUCCAGAAUGACCCAGUGGUGUUCCAGGAGAAGCCUCUAGUUUCUGAGGAACUCAAGGACCUCAUAUCUCGUAUGCUGUAUAAGGAUCCAAGCCAGCGCCUCACCCUGCCUGAAGUGAAGCGGCACACAUGGGUAACCAAAGUGGGAGUGGACCCACUGCCAAGUGAAGAGGAGAAUUGUGAGCUAGUAGAAGUGACAGAUGAAGAGGUGCAGCAGGUGAUCCAAUCUAUCCCCAAACUUGACACCUUGAUUCUUGUGAAGACAAUGCUCAAGAAACACUCCUUUCAGAACCCAUUUGGCCAGCAACGUGGUGCCAGCCAGGGAUCAGAAACAGAAGGUCACAAUUGCAGUGAUGGAACAACUCGGUGUGAGAAGUUCCAACGGUCAGGACGAUCUCUUUCUGCACCUGGCUCCUAUGAUCUUUUCAUGGACAGGAAACUCUCUCUGGAGGUCUCACUGCCUGCGCUACGGGAGAUGACAUCACCAGAAGGUCCUGUUGGCAACAAGGUGAAUGAGGGUGCACCG